CCGGUUGCCUCUUGAAGCCGCCUCUCGCAGCUGUGUUGCAGGAAGUGGCAGAAGGAGGGAGCAGGGGAUUCCUGCAGCAUCGUCGGCAUCCCUCCGGGCUCUGCCUCCGUGGGCCGCCUGAGAUGAGACCAUCCUCGGGGGGGUGGGCAUGGCAUCCUUCCGGACUUUCGCCCAGGCGGGGCCCAGGGACGGUGAAGAGGACGGCAUUGGCGUCGGCGAGCUGGACCGCUCGCUCCAGCAGAUGCUGCGGGCCAUAGCCGAGGAGAGGAGCCGCCUCAGCAUCCGCCACGAGAUCAGCGGCCUUGGAUGUUUCAAAGAUGACCGCAUCGUAUUUUGGACAUGGAUGUUUUCCACCUACUUUAUGGAGAAAUUGGCUUCCCGGCAGGAUGAUAUGCUUUUCUAUGUCCGGAGGAAACUCUCCUAUGUUGGUGAGGAUAAUGGAGAUGGGAAGAAGCAGGUUGAAGUUGAAGUGUACCGCAGGGAUUCUAAGAAGCUGCCUGGUUUGGGAGACCCAGAUAUUGACUGGGAGGAGAGUGUCUGCCUGAAUCUCAUUCUGCAAAAGCUGGAUUACAUAGUGACAUGUGCUGUUUGCACCCGUUCUGAUGGAGGGGAUAUUCACAUUCAUAGGAAGAAAUCCCAGCAAGUCUUUGCCUCUCCAAGUAAACAUCCUAUGGACAGCAAAGGGGAGGAAUCAAAGAUCAGCUAUCCAAACAUAUUUUUUAUGAUUGACAACUUUGAAGAGGUAUUCAGUGACAUGACUGUAGGGGAAGGCGAGAUGGUCUGUGUGGAGCUGGUGGCCAGUGACAAAAGUAACACCUUCCAAGGUGUCAUCUUUCAGGGAUCCAUCCGCUAUGAGGCCUUGAAGAAGGUCUAUGAUAAUAGGGUUAGUGUUGCAGCAAAAAUGGCACAGAGGAUGUCCUUUGGCUUUUAUAAAUACAACAACAUGGAAUUUGUGCGAAUGAAGGGGCCACAGGGAAAAGGGCAUGCAGAAAUGGCAGUGAGCCGUGUGUCAACAGGUGACACUUCUCCCUAUGGUACAGAGGAUGGUUCAAACCCAAAUUCCCCUCUGCAUGAGAGAGUCACCUCUUUCAGCACUCCUCCAACUCCAGAGCGCAACAACCGCCCUUCCUUUUUCUCCCCAUCUCUUAAAAGGAAAGUGCCCCGGAAUAGAAUUGCUGAAAUGAAGAAAUCCCAUUCUGCCAAUGAUAGUGAGGAGUUCUUCAGGGAUGAUGAUGACGAUGAUUUACACAAUGCAAGCAACCUCCGGUCACGGUCUCUGUCUGGAACAGGAAGGUCUCUUGUGGGCUCGUGGCUGAAGCUGAACAGGACAGACGAAAACUUUCUACUCUAUGCACACUUAACUUAUGUCACGUUGCCAAUGCAUCGAAUCUUAACAGAUAUUCUGGAGAUGCGGCAGAAACCAAUUUUGAUGACAUAGCAGAGAACUGGGCACUGCCUUGGAAAAUGUGCAGCCAAGUGCCUAAAAAAAACCCUAACUACAGUGAUCUUCUGUUGCAGCAUCACCAUCUAGUGUUGGAGAUACAAUAUUACACUGAAAAAAGGGAUGUCUAGGAUUACCAGCCAGCCAAUCAAAAGUGCCUCUUCCUUCCUUUGCUAGAAUACUGUGUGCUCCAUUUAAAUUAAAGACACCACCUCUUUAUAGAGAUGACUGGCAGAAGACUUCUGAUAGACACACACACAUCACCACAAAAGUAGGGCCUGUGUUUUGUUUUGUUUUUUUAAAAAAAACAAUGCUUUAUGAACAAUUUGUUACAGUGUUUACUUCAUAACUGGAAACAAACCAACCUGUACAGAAUGUAUUACUCUUUAUAUACUUUGAGAGAAAAGUCCAUAGGAUUUCUUACUGAUGUACCAAUGAACUUUGUUUAAUAGACUGUUGACAUCCCCUCCUUAUUGCAUUAAAAACAACUUUAUGAAUAUGGUUUAAACUUGAUAGGAUAGCAGUAUAGUGUAAGAGCAAAGGGAAGUUACAGAUUUAAACUGAAUGAUCUCAAGCUACAAUGUAGUAGCCCAACUGCAAUGAAGUGGCUUGGCCCCCAGUUCCGUCGGUGGUAUAAUUCUAAAGUUUGCUGCAGAAACUUGAGUCGACAAUUAUAUUUUCUUCAUCUACCAAAGAUUAGUGAAAUACCCAGCUAUAUAUAUCUAAAAGUGUGACUUUGAUGUACAGUACAAGAAAUGUACUUGCUGGGUGUGUGACUGAUUUGGGUCCAGUAUGGAGAGUCAAUUUGUCUCCAGUAGAAUAGGUAUCUCUGAUAAGAAGUGGGAGAACAUUAACAUAAAGACUAUUAUAAAAAAAAAAAACAAGGAAAAAAACCCAACAAAAAGCAAAACAACCCCAGCAGGCCUCAAAUAGUCACAUUAUCCUAACUAUAGAAAACAGGGACCCACUGACAUGGGCUAUUGAAAAGCAUCAUACUUUAAUUUUUUAAAAUAGAUGUGAAUACUUUACAAACUCAACCGGUUCCCGUAGAUCUUUGCUGUAUUUCUUCUGUAAUUUGCUGCACGUUGGUAUACAAGAAGCCUAACUCUUAGGUUCUCCAAAACACUACCAUAAUAAUUGAAACAAAAACAAACAAAAAGCAUUGGAAAGGGAUGCUGGUGGAUAUUUGUUUGUGGCAUGUGGACUGUAGAUCAAGGCUGCUGUAUUUAUAAAAAGACGAUGCAUACAAGUGCAAUUUGGAGUGUAGUGAAGAUAGUAUCGUGAACAUGUCACCUAUUAAGUUCGCUCUUUUAAAACAAUAUUUAUAAGAGUUGAAUUUAAAUCUUGGCUGUAGCUGAUUGGUGCUUGCAGUGUUACAAAUUCCCUUCCCCAUCUUAAGCAAUUUUGCAUUUGUACAUUAAAUAUCCCCCCCUUUUUUUUGCUUUCAUGUAAAGUAAGACAGAGCCUCGGGAUUUUCUUUUCUUCCAGCCAUUUUUCUCACUGAGUUUUCAUUGAAAAAAGGGAACUUCAUUCAAGCUCUAGAAGUUCGUAUGCACUGCUUUCAAAGGGGGUUGAUCAAGAGUGUUUCCUGCUCUAACUCCAGCCAGUUUAUGACACUGUGGCUAAGACGGGCUGUCUCCACAGCUGAAGACAACCUAUUCAGUGAUGGUUUUCCUCUUGAAAUUGCUCUUUGAAUUGUAAAUCUCAUUCUGCCUUCGCGGCACGUCCUGCAAGAACCUUGUUGAACAGAUUUUGUUCACAACUUAAAAUGGGAAAAUAUGUACGUUAUGUAUUUGUGUGUGGGUUCUUCCUAUUUAAAUAAGAGCAACAAAGAGAAGUGGGUUCUGUUUCUAUUCUAGAGCAACUAGAACAAAAUGUUUGAAGAUUAUACUUUGGCAGAAAGAUUGCAUGUAGAGAUCAGGAACAUAAACAAGUGCUCCUCCGAUUCUUUGGAAUUUGCACUCUGUACUGAGAUUACCAGCACGACACACAAUUAAAAUGUCUGUUUCUUUCUUUUGUUGUACUGUUACAAAUGAUGUUGUUAAUGAGUGUUAUGCCAUUUGAUUUCUUUGUGCAUAAAUAACAAUGACUGGAUUGCAUGUCCCACAGCUCUGGCCAGCAUAGCCCAUGGUGAAGAAUGUUAGAAGCUGCAGUUGAACAACUUCUGGUGGGCCAGAUGAUUUGCUCUUCUGCUUUAGACCUUUUUUGUUUCAAGAGCAGCUGCAGUUUCUCUUUAUCCCAAGCUUGAUCGAGGUAGAGAGUGGACUCAUUAACAUUCUCACAUAGAACAAAACUGAGGGUUAGUCAUACUUUGGAACAGACCCAUUAAAAUGAAUGGAUGCUGUUAAUCUCAGCUGACUGAAAUCCUGUCAAAUGUAGGGAGAGAAUGCUGUAUUUAUAUAACAUUGUGUAAUUGACUAGAUUACUAUAGGUGAAACACUGGGUGUUUGAAAUGUCUGUUCUAUUCUUUAUAGCAAAACCUUCCCUUCACGGACAAAAAUAGUGUACGGUACAGAGGGCCAGGCCUUCUUUCUGACAUACUUAUUUUGUAUAUACGGUAGAGUCUUGCUUAUCCAAUAUAAACAGGCCGUCAGAAAGUUAGAUAGGUGCAAAUGUUGGAUAAUAAGGAGGGAUUAAGCAAAAGCCUAUUAAAUGUCAAAUUACGUUGAUUUUACAAACGUAAAAUCCCUAGGAGCCCCGGUAGCAAAGUGUGUUAAAGCACUGAGCUGCUGAACUUGCUGACUGAAAGAUCCCAGGUUCAAACCCCGGGAGCGGCGGGAGCGGCUGCUGUUAGCUCCAGCUUCUGCCAACCUAGCAGUUCGAAAACAUGCCAAUGUGAGUAGAUCAAUAGGUACUGCUCCGGAGGGAAGGUAACGGCGGUCCAUGUAGUCAUGCCGGCCACAUGACCUUGGAGGUGUCUUCGGACAACGCCUGCUCUUCGGCUUAGAAAUGGAGAUGAGCACCAACCCCCAGAGUCAGACAUGACUGGACUUAACAUCAGGGGGAACCUUUACCUUUUUUACCUUUACAAAUUGAGCACCAAAACAUGUUUUACAUCAAGUCUACCACUUGUUUGGGAGUGUGGCUGCACUUGUGUUGUUGUUGGACAUGCUGGCCCACUGUGCAUUGCUGCCUAGAGAAAAACAGCUGUGGAUCCGGGUGGAAGGCAGAUUGCGUUGGAUAAUACAGAAUGCUGGAUAAGGAAGACUCUACUGUACAGGGAAAAUGCACUUUUCUAGACUUAGAGUAAUUGGCAUUCUGGUGGUAUUCAGUUCCCAAUCUGCUGUUUGAAACAACAAAGCCUCAACAUUUCACAUUAUGGAAUACAACUAUGUAUAACAAAAGAUGAGGGGCUGCCGCCAGGAUUUUCUAAACAGUGUCACAUUUUCUCUGGAACAUGUUUCACUUGCUCAUAAUGUGAUACUGCUUUGUUAUACAGUUGCAUGUCCUUAUUUGAGUGGCCAUCAGUAAGUGAAAUUAUAUAUGAGAGAACGAGAUUUGAAUCCAAAAACUACUUUUAUUGAAUCAUGCUACGGGCCAAUGCAAGUAAUAUGAGGAUGAAAUAGUAGGUUUUUCUCUACACUUAAUACUGAACCUAAAGUGAAGUGGUAUGUAUGCGACCCCAAAGAUUAGCCCCACUAUGUUCAGUGGAGCCUGCUCUUAGACUAGUAUGGAUGUAUUUUGGAAGUGCAUUUUUUUUUCAAUGCAGGUGCCAGUGAACACAUUUGAAGGGACUAAUGAAGCACUCUUGACAAAAUGAUUUCAAUACAAUCUUAAUAUGUUUUAUUAGUAAUCCUCAUUAAACUGAUUGUGGACAGAUUCAAUCAGUAUGCUUUUAAAAGGCUGGUAAUCUCGUGUUUUUUGUAAGGAUGGACAUCUGUUUUUUUUAUUGCAAAUUUCAGCCACAUAAAGAAUGAAAACAGGAAGAGAUGUCACAACUAGAGUCAGCAGUUUACAUUUUUCAAAUUUGGUGUAUUAAUCAGUGUCAAACUAGUGUGUUUCUCUUGAUUAUUUGGGUUUGCUCAUUCGUUCUUUCUUUUUUCUACUCAUUACAUUGGAAUGUUUAAACUGGGUCCUUGCAUAUUGGGGACACCCGCAUAAAUUUCAAACAUGCUAAUGGUGUAAAGAAUUAUUGCAUAUGAACGUCUUGUAGAAAAGUAAAGAUUUUCUGAGAUAAGCAUAAGCUAACGUUUGCACUGUUUGCUUGAAUGCCCUGGCUUUCUCAGACUCCUUGUGGAAUUCCUCCAUGAAUGUGUCAGUAAGGGGGGCAGAUGUGGAAUCAGCUGAUGUUCAAAGUCACCCUUUGAGUUCAUAGGGUUUAAUGAGAAAUGCAGCAGGUUUGGCUAAAGUGUCUUUCUGAACUAAAUGGGCACUAUGCAGUUCCUUUAAAUCCUUCUCAAUGCAGAGUUUUCUACGGAAGCCACGGAAGCCUUUCUGUAGGAUCAGUUCAUUUGGUGACUCGAGUGCUAUAGAAACACUCUAGUUUGAGUAGUGCUUUUAUAAUUUUUUUUAAAGUCAAGGGAAUACAUUUUUCUAAAAGACUGCCUUUUCAAACUCGCCUCUUAAUGGUAAACUAUACCAGUCAAUUUGAGAGCAGUACAUUUGACUGCACUAAGUAAGAGCUGGGAUGUUGCCCACACAUCCAGCUAUAUAACUCCAUCUGAGAAAUGUGCAUCCAUGUGGACUGGUGUAUUCAGUGGAUGAGAAUUUUAGGGAAAGGUUUUGGCCUUACUUUGAGUUGUUGCCUCCCAAAGCAGCGUUUUAACUCUUCUAGAAUAUAUUGGUUUAGGAGCCCCGGUGGCGAAGUGUGUUAAAGCACUGAGCUGGAGACCAAAAGGUCCCAGGUUCAAACCCCGGGAGCGGCGUGAGCGCCCGCUGUUAGCUCUAGCUCCUGCCAACCCAGCAGUUCGAAAACAUGCCAAUGUGAGUAGAUCAAUAGGUACCGCUCUGGCGGGAAGGUAAUGGCGCUCCAUGCAGUCAUACCACCCACAUGAUCUUGGAGGUGUCUACGGACAAUGCCAGAUCUUCGGCUUAGAAAUGGAGAUGAGUCAGACAUGACUGGACUUAACGUCAGGGGAAACCUUUACCUUUACCUAGAAUAUAUUGGUUUACGUCCAGGAUAAAGCUAUAGGUGUCACUGUCUACAUCCUGUAUCCCAGCCAGUGAGAACUAAGCUUCCACCUAAGAACAUAGCUGCAGCUACAAAGCAGUUCCUGAUAUUCUCUUUCAAGCAGUGGUUCUCAACCCGUGGGUCCCCAGGUGUUUUGGCCUACAACUCCCAGAAAUCCCUCCCAGUUUACCAGCAGUUAGGAUUUCUGGGAGUUGAAGGCCACAGGUUAAGAACCACUGCUUUAAACCCUAACCCACAGGUUAAGAACCACUGCUUUAAAGCAUGAGAAGUAAAUCUGGUUCUCACAGAUCACUAGGUGAUUUUGAAAAGUGCUAUGGCUGCAGACUUCAUGCAAGACACUUCUUUAAAGCCUUUUCUGCAGUGCAAUAUAAUCCAGAUGAUCAAAUUAAACAAUCACAUUAUCUGCUUUGAACUGGAUUAUUUUAGUCUAUGCUGCCAUAUAAUACAAUUCAAAUAAGAUAAUACGGAUUUUAUAUGGCAGUGUAGAAAGGGCCUAAGAUUGGGUGUGGAAACUUUCAUUCUCAAGAUGUCAAAACUAUUGUUAGCUUUCUGCAGGAAUCUUAUGUAUGCACAUCACUGAUUGGGAUCAUAUGGAUUUCACAAUGUUGGACUACAACUCCCAUCAACCACAGUGAUGAGAGUCAAAGUCUAGCAACCAGAGGGCCAUAGUUACCCCUCUUGUUCAUAAAUGAACAUUUUUAAAGGAACAUUUAAAAAUGAAACUUGAAUUUAUCACCUUUUCACCAAAGCUUCAUUCCCAGGCACUGCACUCUAUGUAUCUGAUGGAAUCAGUUUAAGUCUGUGAAAGCCGAUGUUACCUAUCUCUUUCAGACUCAAAGGUGCUACAACAUCCCUUGGUACAGCUAUGCCUUUGAAUGAAAUGAACAGGGUAACUGUUCAUACAGCUAUAACCUGUUGUUCACUACUGUCCAACAAAGUUAACUGGUGUUUUCUUUCUUUUUUAUGUAUAAAUAUUUAUUGUGAUAUAUGAGAAAAAAACGAAGUCAUGCAAUCUUCAAGAUUCAACAAUAAAAAUACAAGUAUUGUUUCCCCAGUCCCUCCACAUUCACACCCAUGAACCACCACCCAUGAUUUCUGACAUCACCCCAUAUGGAAUUAGUAUCUAACAAAAAUCUGUCCAUGUCAUUACACUAAUAAAUCACCUGUUCAGCUA